CACACCCUCACUACACAACAGAAGCAACCAACCAAACCUCCACACAAUUCCAACCAAAUCACCACACGGCACACGCACCCGCACCACGGAAAUCGGCCCCGACUCACUCAGUCUCAGGGUAGAAACCAUGGUGGAGGCCAACGGCGUCUGCGUCGGCACGGCGGAGUCUCGCCGCCCACCGCACGUCGCCAUGCUUGUGACGCCCGGGAUGGGCCACCUGAUCCCGCUGGCCGAGCUGGCGAAGCGCCUGGCCGCGCGGCACGGCGUCACGGCCACGCUCAUCACCUUCGCCUCCACGGCGUCCGCCACGCAGCGCGCCUUCCUCGCCUCCCUCCCGCCCACCAUCUCCGCGCUGUCCCUCCCGCCCGUCGACCUCUCCGACCUCGCCCCCGACGACGCCAUCGAGACGCUCAUGUCCGAGGAGUGCGUCCGCCUGGUGCCGGCGCUGACGGCGGUCCUGUCGGAGCUCAGGGAGACCACGCGCCUGGUCGCCUUCGUCGCCGACCUCUUCGGCGCGGACUCCUUCGACGCCGCCGUGGCCGCCGGGGUGCCCAGGAGGUACCUCUUCUUCCCGACCAACCUCCUCGGCCUCACGCUUAUCAUGCACCUCCCGGAGCUCGACGCCACCGUGCCCGGCGAGUUCCGGGACCUCGCCGAGCCCAUCAGGCUCCCCGGCUGCGUGCCCAUCCCGGGGAAGGACAUCCUCGCGCCGCUCCAGGACAAGUCAAACCCGAGCUACCGGUGGAUGGUGCACCACGGCAAGCGCUACCUCGACGCCGACGCCAUCCUCGUCAACUCCUUCGACGCCGUCGAGCCGGACGCCAUCGCGGCGCUACGCGUCCCGGAGCCCGGCCGCCCUCCGGUGUACAACAUCGGUCCCCUCAUCCAGACCAACGCCGCCAGCCCGGCGCCGCGCGCGGCGUGCCUGGACUGGCUGGACCGGCAGCCUCCCAAGUCGGUCAUCUUCGUCUCCUUCGGCUCCGGGGGCUCGCUGCCGAGGGAGCAGAUGCACGAGCUGGCGCUGGGGCUGGAGCUCAGCGGGCAGCGGUUCCUGUGGGUGGUGCGGAGCCCCAGCGACGAGGGGGCGCUCAACGCCAACUACUACGACGCCGAGAGCAAGAAGGACCCGCUGGCCUACCUCCCCGACGGCUUCGUGGAGAGGACAAAGGACGUGGGCCUGCUCGUGCCGUCCUGGGCCCCGCAGAUAAAGGUCCUGGCCCACCAAGCCACGGGAGGCUUCCUGGUGCACUGCGGCUGGAACUCGGUGCUGGAGGGCCUGGUGCACGGCGUACCCAUGGUCGCAUGGCCGCUCUUCGCCGAGCAGCGGCAGAACGCCGUCAUGCUGGCCGACGGGAUCGGGGCCGCCAUACGAAUGCCGGAGACCAAGAAGAAGGACGAGAUCGCCAACACGGUCAGGGAAAUCAUGGUGGGCAAAGGCAAAGGCGCAGAGGUACGAGCCAAGGUGUUGGAGCUGCAGAAGGCGGCGGAGGAAGGUCUCGCCGAGGGAGGAGCCGCCACGGUCGCGCUGGACGAGGUGGUGCGCAGGUGGAUAUAGACGGCGGGGAGAACUAGGUGUCCAUCGGCGCACACUUGUCAAUACUUUCUCAUUGUGUUUUCAUCAUUAUUAUCGUGAGCUGCAACUAUUCAAACCCCACAUUAUUCCAUCAAAACCCACAUAUAUAGACAGCGGCGACAACUAGGCGUCGGUCGGCACACUUGUCAAUAGCUUCUGAUUGUGUUUUCAUCAUCACUGCGAGCCGAAACUGUUCAACCCCCAUAUUUUAUUUGGAA